GGAGCGGAAGAGAACUACAACGCCCAGGGUGCCCCGCGGCGGCCCCGCCCCGCGCUGACUCGUGCAGCACGUUGUCCGGCUAACGCGCCCCGCGCCCGCUCCGUCCCCAGCGCCCCGGCCAGCGGCGGCUCCGCCGCUCCCAUCGCCCGGCACGGCAGUUCUUGUGUGGUUGGUGAAAAUAAGCCUACGCUGCAGGAAUGCAAGAGGAGCAACAGCCUGAGGCUGCUGCAGAUCCCAUGUCGUCCUCUGAUGCACCAGAAGAUGGCCCAAAGGGAGCGUCAAGUAUAUCACAGAAUAUCUCUGAUGCAGAUGCAUUUAAAAUUCUCCUGGAGAUGAAGCUGAAGAAGAGGCAGAAAAGGCCUGCUUUACCAAACACUGUGACUGAGCUUAAUACUGAGGAUGGUUCUAAAGUAUACGUGGUUGGAACAGCCCACUUCAGUGACAGCAGCAAAAAGGAUGUAGUAAAGACAAUACAAGAAGUGCAGCCUGAUGUAGUUGUAGUGGAGCUGUGCCAGUACAGAGUUUCUAUGUUGAAGAUGGAUGAAAAGACCUUACUAAAAGAAGCCAAAGAAAUAAAUCUGGAAAAACUUCAACAAGCUAUAAAACAGAACGGAGUCAUGUCUGGAUUGAUGCAAAUGCUGCUUCUGAAGGUUUCUGCUCACAUCACAGAGCAGCUGGGAAUGGCCCCAGGAGGAGAAUUCAGGGAGGCUUUCAAAGAGGCCAGUAAAGUACCUUUCUGUAAAUUCCACCUUGGUGACCGGCCCAUCCCUGUUACAUUUAAGAGAGCAAUUGCUGCGCUUUCCUUCUGGCAAAAAGUCAAGCUUGCUUGGGGCCUUUGCUUCUUAUCCGACCCCAUCAGUAAAGAUGAUGUGGAGAAAUGCAAACAGAAGGACUUACUGGAACAGAUGAUGGCAGAAAUGAUUGGAGAAUUCCCUGAUCUUCAUCGAACGAUUGUCUCCGAACGAGAUAUUUACUUGACCUACAUGCUGAAGCAAGCAGCAAAGCAGAUAGAACUACCUCGAGCUUCAGAAAAUGAACCUAGAAAAUAUAUCCCAGCUGUUGUAGUUGGUGUUGUUGGCAUGGGUCAUGUACCUGGGAUUGAAAAGAACUGGAAUUCUGACUUGAAGAUCCAGGAAAUAAUGAGUGUGCCUCCUCCAUCAGCCUCAAGUAAGAUUUUCAAAUUUGUUUUAAAAGCAACAGUUUUUGGACUGCUGGGAUACAGCUGCUACCGAAUAGGUCACAGGACAGUUCAGUUUGUUCUCUCAAUGCCAGCAACACAGAGCUAUCUUCAGAGGCUGACAGAGGUGCCUCAGCAGUGAACAACCAGUAGAGGCUCUGUGAGAAGAAGGUGGCAGAGGAAAGGGUGAUGGAGGCAAUGCAUGAACUGGACUGAAGGAUGAGGAUUCUAGUCAGACCUGAUUGAUGCUGAGCAACACUCAAUCACUAUAUAAUAAAAGAUUUGGUACUAAAGUUACACCAGCUAUGAUCUAAUUAAUAGUUUUGAUUCUUGAUAGGUGUGUUGCAUGAAACCAGAUGAUUCCAGAUUGAGGUAAAAGAAAUGUGUAUGCAAAUAUAUAUAUAUUAUAUAUGCAUACUAUAUACAUGUACACUAUAUAUAUGCAUUAUAUAUAAUAUAUAUAUAUAUAUAUAUAAAACUGAUGAUGUUGUACAGGCAGCUUAAAGGGUGUGUGUUCAUGGCUCCUUUUCCAGAGGAAAGAACAACACAAAAGUAUCCUAAUCAGCUGCAUCUCCUCUGAAGUUCAGGGACACUUGAGUGAUUCUUUGCUUUUUUCUUAGGUAUAAUAAUACCAAGUGUUCGUUUCUGGUGCCAGACACUUCUACACAUAAUUUAAAAGGACAUCUUCUCAAUGUGUGUUUUAUACCUAAAACAUUUAGGCUUUUUUUAAACUUAAGAGCUUUCCAGAAAUUUCAGAAUUGUACAGGCUGUCAUACGUACACGGCUCAAAUUUUUUACAAGCCUUACUGAAGAACAGGAAUGUUGCCUUUAGAUUGCAUCCCUUGUUACCACCACCAGUUGAAUUGUCUUUCUCCUGCAUAGAGAAGGUAUAGCCACCCCAUCAGAAUGCAAUGUGGUUUGUGUCAGAUGUUUACAGGACGCUCUGUUCCUUUAGAUUAGCUUAUUUAAACUGUGUUAUUUAGCCAAAUCCUGCUGGUUCCAGUAUUGUAAAUUUAAGAGACUAGAACUACUGUACAAUUUACUUUUGUUUCUCAGACCUUUCAUAUUUGGCAUAAAAAGCCUGGAAUUAACCUGCCCCUUGUUUUUGCUACAUGAAAAUACUUUAUUUAUCAAUGUAAUUUCUUGGAGGAUGAAUAUUUUAAUCUAUUUAAUAGGAAAGCAGUGUUCAAUUUAGUUUUUCAAGCAAAUGUAGCAUUUUAUUUGGAUUACCUGCUAUUUAUAUGCAGAAUUAUGGGUACUACAGACUGCUGUUACUUUCUUUUUUAAUUAUCUGGAACACUCAUCCAUCAUCAAUCUUUCUUUCCUUCUUUUUUUUUUUUAAUCCUAGCUUCAUAUUUCAUUGGAAUUUUUUGGUACCUUCCCUUUUUAUAGGAUUGUCAGUGAUUGUAAAAUGCCCUUGGCAAUCAGCUAGUCCUAAUUCAACAACACAGAUAACAUUGUCAUAUCAAAGUUAACCCAAUGUAUUUGAGUGGAAAAGUCCCAUUUGCUCCUCAGGCUCAUACACAGUUGCUCAUUGCUUAAAGUGAGGUUUUUCUAUCUGUAUUAAUUUCUUUUGGGAAUGAAAGAUGGGAACCAAUAUGUGAGGCAGGAGGAGGAAAAGGUGAUGUUGUGUUUUGUGUUUCAUUGUGGUCUUUCAGUUGGUUCGAUAAAACCCAGAACCCACUUUUAAUAGGGUAUAUUUCCAAAGGCUUGUGUUGGAAAUAGUUCCAUACAGUCUUUUGUUUGCUAAAAGUGUGUACAUCUAUCUUCUGUACAGUGUAGACUUUUUUGAGCUUUUAAAUUUAAGGGCCUGAUGCUCCUCUCUGUGAUGGCAUUGACUUUGCUGGGAGCUGCUCUGUCCAUGCAACCUGAUGUUUUUCUGCCUUGCUCUUUGAAAAUUGUAUGAGUUCCUGUGCAGCAAAUGAUGAAACUGCAUGUUUAUCUUAAACCUUACUGAAUCUAACCCAAAUCUGCAGAGCUCUUAAGAUGAUGCUAGGUGCUCUUCUGGGUCUGGGCCUUACAGGUGUCCAGGGAAUAAACCUUAGCAAAUGGGAAUGACAGCAAUUCAUGCUUCUAGGAUAAAAAGUGUAAAUGAUAAUACAGAAAACAGCGGGGACAGGUCCUUUCAUUUUCUAUUUAUUAGUGCUUAAGAAACCACCAGCCAUCUCUAGCAAGAGGAGAAGCAGCAUUUGUAAACAAUUUAUAGAAGAGUAGAGUGACUGCCUAAAUUUUGAUUCCUGUUUUUUAAAAACAUUUAAUGUAUUGUUUACAAUUAAGCAGUACUAUUUGAAUAAUUCUAUUACAUUUUAUGUACAUUUUUAAAAGAUGAAAGCAAAAGCUUAAGCUCACUCUUCUCCUGUCUUUACUGACAUACCAAAAUGUUGGUUAUUUUCUUGAGAAUAUUUAGCUGGUAGAAUUAAAUAUAUGGAUAUUUUGCUUUAAGUUAUCUACAGCUUUUUAAAGUAUCUGCAGGUAUUUUAAAAGCUCUGUAGAUCUUUGAUAUCUGUGCUCAGGUAAUUUUACACAAAGGAAAACAAAUCUAAGGUAAAUUUUAGAUAGGAGCCUUAAUCUUGGGUGGGACUAAUGCUAAAUGAUUGUCAUGGAGCAUUCUUGUAGACUUUAUGUUUUAUGCUUUUUAGCCAAACGUGAUUACCAUCACGGUGUCCAUUUGUUAUUCAGUUAUACUCUCCAGUCAGUACCUUAAGUCGAUUGUUUCAAUCUUUUUCCUUUUUUCCUUUUUUUUUUUUUUUUAACAAAG